AUGGCCUCGCAGCCUCCGGCGGGCUCUGGACCUUUGCCGGCCUCCUCGGCCGGCCCUGAUCGAGGCUCCAGAGCCCCUCUGGAGCCGUCCCCAACCUCAAGGGCUAAACGCCGCCGCGGUACCGAGGCCCAGCUAUCCCAGCCCAGCCUCGCGGGAAGCCAGCCUGACGCCUCUACGACAACCCCCUUAACGGCUAAGGGGCCCUCAACCGUGAAUAGGAUAGCUGCUGGAGCUAUCCUUACAGCCCUUAACGAAGAGGCUAAGCACUAUGAAGCCCGAAAGGAUGUCUUUAUGGCUAUCGCCCAGUCUGUGGAUAACGUGGUCUCUUGCUUUGAGGGACCUAGGAAGCAGAUCGCGAAGGAGGCUACAACCUAUGUGAUCCAAGCCUUGAAGAGGAUUAUGUGGAAUAAGUCUGCAGCCCCGAACCUAAGCUGGAACUGGGCUGACGAGGACCUCCGGGUCUUUGCCCGCAUCCCUGAGGAGGGUUUAACGGCUGCUAGGAAGCACGCCCCUUUUGCCCUUCGUCGGAAAGUCUGCCAGGCCCUUAGCCUCCAGCUGGCAGAUAUCCCACAUAUCUACCACAUUACAACUGGCUACUCGCUGGGACCUCUGAAUAAGCAGGUCCAGCAAGCCCUCCUCACAAACAAGCAGAAACUUGCUGAUAGUCUGGGAGCUUAUAAGGUUGAGUCCCCUACUAAGUGGUUUACUUAUGUCGUCCCACGCUGCCCUGCUAAGAUGUGGACUCUUGAAGGCGAUGCCCUUGACCCAGCUGCUCUGGUUGAAGACGAGGUCCUCGCCCAAACAGGGCUUAAGCCCACCCAGGCCCAACAGUCCCACCUAGGUGUAAACCCUAUUACAAACGAGGUCUCCUGGAUUAUCUCCUUCUCUAUGGAGGUGCCGCCCUUUAGACUUUUUAACCAAAGCAGCCGGUCUCAGCUUAUUCGGAAGAAAAAGACCCUCAUCAGACAUAACCCUAGCUGCCAGGGAUACUAUUCGAACUGA